CUGCGUCAUGUCGACGUCACACAGCGCACAAGGGAAGUUACCCAGGGGGAGCGAUUUCUCCAAGGGGCGACGUUCAAGAAAAACAAGUCGGUUCCGACCCAAAGAAUGACCACCCAACUCUAGAUGAUUCUAAAAGGGGACACACUCCCUUCUCCCAGACUGUAUGAUCCUCUCAUCAACCGAGAAAGAGUAGGGAUUAAUUCUCUGGGCUUAAUCAGGGACCAGCAUACGGGCCACAAAUGGAGAAAGAGAAGCCUCUGGCCUUGGGGCUUGGUUCUUGAGGGGACCAGCGUGACGGGGGUGAACGGGGCAUCUUUGGAACGGAGGCCUUCUCUGAAGGAAGAGGAGGCGAGCCCUCUGGCCACAUUUAAACCAAGGUUCUCAGCGUCACCUGUGCGACUCGGGAUCCAACCUCCCCGCACCAGCCCCAGUCCAGUCUUACUUCUCGUUUGCCAAAAACUGGAGAAACCAUCCACGGACAUAAGUUUUUUAUUGGCUUUGGAGGGAAAGGUGCCAACCAGUGUGUUCAAGCUGCUAGACUUGGAGCACAGACGUCCAUGGUGUGCAAGGUUGGCAAAGAUUCUUUUGGCAAUGAUUAUAUAGAAAACUUAAAACAGAAUGAUAUUUCUACAGAAUUUGCAUAUCAGACUAAAGAUGCUGCUACAGGAGCUGCUUCUAUAAUUGUCAAUAAUGAAGGUCAGAAUAUCAUUGUCAUAGUGGCUGGAGCAAAUUUACUUUUGAAUACUGAAGACCUGAGAAAAGCAGCUCAUGUCAUCGGCAGAGCCAAAGUAUUAGUCUGCCAGCUAGAAAUAACUCCAGCAACUUCUUUGGAAGCACUGAUAAUGGCCCGCAGCAAUGGAGUGAAAACGUUGUUCAACCCAGCGCCUGCCAUGGCUGACCUGGAUCCCCGGUUCUACACCCUCUCAGAUGUGUUCUGCUGCAAUGAAAGUGAGGCUGAGAUUUUAACUGGCCUCGCUGUCAGCAGUCCUGCAAAUGCAGAGAAGGCCGCAUUAGUGCUCCAGGAAAGGGGCUGCCAGGCCGUCAUCAUCACCUUAGGGGCAGAAGGAUGCGUGAUGCUGUCCCAGACAGAACCUGUCCCAAAACACAUUCCUACAGAGAAAGUCAAAGCUGUGGAUACCACGGGUGCUGGUGACAGUUUUGUGGGAGCUCUGGCCUUCUACCUGGCCUACUACCCAAAUUUGUCCUUGGAAGAAAUGAUCAAGAGAUCUAACUACAUUGCUGCAGUCAGCGUCCAGGCUGUAGGAACACAGUCAUCUUACCCGUACAAAAAAGACCUCCCUCUGACUCUGUUUUGAUUGUUAUUGAUCCCAAAAUAAAUAUACCUGGAAAUAAAAUGUACUUGGGCGUGGCCCCUUAUAGAAAACACUUACUAGAAAAUGUUCCCUUUCCUUGCAAAUAAUCAUCUCCAUUUAUUAAAAGUCAUUCUCAAGCUGUCA